AUUUAUUUCAGAUAAUCAAAUGGACGAUGUAGCUUAAUUCAAUUUUCAAAACCAUUAAAGUUAUUCAGUGCAUCUUCUUGAACCGGAAGUAUUUGUGGAGUGACAGCAAGGCGCUUGUUGACAUCGGACACUUAACUUUUGUAACUUUGUUUUCCGUCGUAAAACUUCAUUAUGUCCUCGUUUGGCUCUUUCGUUAAAACUGGCAGUUUAGUUUCGCUUGUUGUCAUUAUUGUUGCCGUUCUUUACAAACGGAGAUCAGAUGAAUUGCUGCAAGAGCGACUGGACCAAGUACUGUCUGGAUUGAGGCGAGCAGAAAAUAAAGUGCGGUCGUCCGACUUGAGAGUGGCUUUAGGAUUCGGCGGAGAUGUUGAUUUGUUCGUUAAUGCUGUCGAGCUGUUAAAUAAAAUUGGCGCAAAACCACCGGAAACCACAGAACAUUUUGAAGAAGUGGGAACAAAAGAAGAAAUCGAAAAACUAUUUGCGUACUUCUUUCAACACGGUGCAGCUGCAGAGAGAUAUGUUUACAAUGUCACAUUAUUUCAUGACAUUGUCAAGGCAGCCUAUAGCCUGCCCAAAAAGCGACCAGGCCUGGGUGGAGCCGCAUUGAUGAUGGGCAAGCGACUGGCUAAGGAAGGCCUGGAUGUACUUGUAGGUGCUUGUUUUACCCAGAAGACGUUAGACCAGUUCAAGCACAAAGGGCUGAGAGUUGUUGGGAGAAGGUUGACAGAUGAUGACGUCCAUCUGAUUUUGGAGUACUCCCUGGGGGAAUACUGGGGGAAAUACAGAUCUCCAAGAGCUAACAGGCUUAUUUUACAUAGUGAUGUGAGCAGCCCAAUUUUAGAAUCUAUGGAAGAGUUCCAGAAGGAAGUGGUGUUGUUUAAACCCUCCUUGUUUGUUUUGGGAGGUCUUCAGAUGAUGGAUAAAUUCCCAUUCCCACCAGGUGUUCGAGAGCAAAAGUUCACAGACCUGAAAAUCCUUUUGCAGAAAAUGCCCCUAAGCACGAAAAUUCACUUUGAGAUGGCAUCUUUCAGUGACCUUACCACUACACAACAACUGGUCCAAAAUGUCCUCCCUUACGCAGACUCACUAGGAAUGAAUGAGCAAGAGUUACCUAACUUGGUAAGCAUCUUAACCCACGGCAAUGUGACCCAUGUGUCAGACUCUAAUCCUAGGGUGGCCACGAUCCUGGACAAGGUCAGGGUCAUCUACAGAACUCUGCGUAACAGUGACCAUCGUGAUGGGAAGCGCACACUGACACGUUUGCAUGUCCAUACGCUGGCGUUUCAAGCCAUUCUCACUGAGAAGAAUUCGAUAUGGAAGAACACCAUGUCUGCAGCAGCCAAGGCCUCUCUGACAGCUCACAGGUAUAUCUGCGGGACAGAUAAAGUGGACACAAUGCGGGCACGCCUCCUGAUGGAUGAUUCGUUCUCCACUACUAACACCAGCCAGGCACAGAGGAUACCCUUCCAGAACACUCGUCCUGUGUCCUGUUGGACAGAGGAGGACUAUGAGUUGUGUGUUGCCCCAGUGCUAGUGUGCACUAAGGUGCUGCAGACAGCAGGGGGUGGGGAUAACAUCUCUUCUGCAGGCCUUGUCCUGCAGAUCUAAGUACCGGCCACAAGGACUUACCCAACAUGUAUAUGUAAUGCUACAACCUUUUUGGUCACAACAACAUGGCUGAAUGUUGAGGACGUGGUAUUAAGUAUUCAUUCAUUUGACCACUUGAAAUGUAUUCAGAAACGGUUGGAUACAAUGAAUGCAUUUGUUUAUCUUGGUGGUGUCAUUUUUAAAAGUAUAGUUACUUUCUUCUUUUUUUGACAUAAUGAGUGUUGGCACAAGAACAUGUUGCGCUGUAUAUGGUCAGUUAUGCACUGCUUUAACGUGCCAAAAUAUUGAGGAGUUACAUUAAAUGUAAGGGAGGAAACUCUGAGCCAUGUACAAAACUUUAAAAAAAAAACAAAAAAAAACAGGCAUGUAAAUAUGUGACUGUUUUGCCAGAUUUCUGCCAUGUACUAAUAUAUUGUUGGUCAACCUCUGGUGGACUAGCUGUUGAUGUGAAAGUACUGCUGCUGACAUUUGUCUCAUAAGUAUGGCUAUAGCGUAAUCAGCAGAAGGUUGUUUUAAGGAGAUCCAUUUUAUUUCACUUGAAACAUUAUGUAAAAGGUUGUAUGAUUUUAAGAAAAAUAUUACUUUUCAAGCACUUAGCAUAAUAACAUAACAGGCAUUACACUAUAAUUAUUCUAAUGCAGUGGGUCAUAUUUGUGCUUAGUUUCUUGAUCAGCUCGAAAGUGAAUAUGUUUAUUUAUUCAGAAUAGCUUUUAUAUUUGAAGUAUUCUACUAGUCCAUAAUGGUUAUUUUCUUGAGGAUAUUUUACAAUGAACCAUGGGUAAUAAAUGAUCUUGUAAAGCAUAGGGCCAAUACUUUUCAGCCACAUGUUAUUGACAGGAUGACUUUCUUGCUGGUCUGCUCCGGUCACACGCGGGAAGUUCUGCCAGCAACCUGCGGAUGGUCAUGGGUUUUCACCGGUUU